AUGGAGUCCGACACGUCCGCGGCGGUACCUCCCAAAUCGAAUGAGGAUGUCCAUGAUGAGUCACUCAAUCAGGCUCCAGAACAUGAGGACAGCGACUUGGACUCUGUCUUCGACGAUGACGACGACUUAGACGGCGAGCUUGGCCCCGACGGAGAGCCCGACAUAUCAAGAAACUACAAUCGACAACGACCUUUACAUACCAACCAACAAAAACCUACUGCCAACACCGCUGCCAAUGUCGAUGACCAGAUCGCCGCCCUUUCGAAACAUGCCGCUAAGAUCCGACUUGACGAUGUCAAAGAAGGUCAAGAUCGUGACAAGGACAAGGCCGACAGGGCUACUAGCGAGCAGGUCCUCGAUCAGAGAACUCGUAUGAUCCUCUACCAGAUGAUCAACCGCGGAGUAGUCAGCGAAAUACAUGGUGCCAUCAGUACAGGAAAGGAAGCCAAUGUAUAUGGCGCUGUCGCGUAUCCCGAUCUCAAUGGCCCAUCCGUCCAGCGAGCCGUCAAGGUUUACAAGACGGCCAUUCUAAGCUUUAAGGACCGAGAGAGGUACAUCACCGGCGAACACCGAUUCAAGUCUGGCGUAGACAAGGGAAAUAAUAGGAAGAUGGUCAAGUUAUGGGCGGAGAAAGAGUUCCGCAAUCUAAGGAGAAUUCACUCUGCUUCUAUUCCUUGUCCCGAACCCAUACAACUCAAGCUUCACGUCCUUGUGAUGAGUUUCCUUGGAGAUAGAAAGGGCUAUGCUUACCCGAGAUUACGAGACGCUGCUAUCGCCGAAGAUGACGCCGAUCAAGUAUGGAGGCAACUUUACAUUCAACUACUUGGCAUCAUGCGACGAAUGUACCAGAUUUGCAGAUUGGUACACGCGGAUUUAAGUGAAUACAAUAUUCUAUACAACGACAGACAACUCUACAUCAUCGAUGUUUCACAAAGUGUUGAGCAUGACCACCCUCGGUCGCUUGAAUUCUUACGAAUGGAUAUCAAGAAUACGGGUGAUUUCUUCCGCAGAAAAGGAAUUGAUACAUUAUCCGACCGAACUGUCUUUGAUUUUAUCAUAAAGUCUGAGGGUGCGGUAGAAGAGCCUAGUCUCUCAGAAGCAAUUGAACAAUUGUACACAUCAAGGGAACCAUCUACAAACGACGAGACGGCAACAGCCGAGCAAGAAGUUGAUAACGAGGUGUUCCGGAACCAAUACAUCCCUCAAACCCUAGAGCAAGUGUAUGAUAUCGAAAAGGAUGCGGAGGCGAUCGGUGAGGGCGAGGGAGGGAAGCUCGUCUAUCGAAAUCUUCUAGCAGACCAAGUAGUAAUGAAGCCAGUUGCGGAAGACAUAAGUUCGGGAGAUGAAUCGGAUGACGAAGGGGCGGCUCUUGAUGACGAGUCUGGGAGUGACGAUGAAAGCAAAUUCUCGAAGGGAACACCUCGGGGUAAACGGUUCGAGGAUAAGGAGGAGAAGAAGCAACGCAAACAUGCUGUCAAGGAAGCAAAGGCCGAGAAGCGGAAGGAAAAGAUGCCAAAGCAUAUCAAGAAACGCCUCGUGGCUACAAGCUCUAGAAAGAACAGGUAG